AUACAAAUUACCAUGAUAUCUCGGAAUGUUAAAAGAACCCUCAAAAUAAAAGUUUAUUUAAGUUUUUGGCAAUAUAUUUUUUUGGUAGGAACUAAAAUUAAAUACAAUAAAACAAGAAAAGGGUGAAAUUGGAAAGCAGAUUCAGAUCCCUAAAAUCGUCAGUCUGGUCUCUCGCUUUCGCUCUCGCACACAGUAUUCGCUUUCGUCGCUGGCUGGAUACUCUCGAUCUGCUUCUCCGAAAGCUGCUUUCACUUGGUCCGCCAAAGUUGCCACUCACUUCUGUUUCCUUUUCCAUCUGCAGCAUCGCCUCCAGUCUUCUUGCCUGAAUCUUACUUUGCUCCUUCAAGUCGGAAAUGGGAAGAAGUAGAUGACUCAUCUACAGGGAUGCAGGAUUUGAUAGGUAGGAAUUUAUACUAGGAUAUUAGUUGGGAGUUGUUUUUGGAGCACUAUGGGUGGCAUUUGCUGUAAACCCUCUUCUAUAGUGGAUAACAAAGAAAGGCUCUCAAGUAAAGAAUCAUCUGAUUUGAGGGUAUCAAGGGUCACAUCUUCAAGGAGGGAAGAUGAGUAUAGGCCUAAAGAUAGGUACAACAACAAUGACAGGAGGACAAUGUUAAUUGAUAAGCAAACCGAUGGGUCAAAUAGAUUGCAGGUCAGUGAGAGUGUUGAUAAAAAGAGGGAGAGGAUGGAAUAUGCUGUUGUGCAAUAUCCAAGGAUUGGUAGCAUACCAAAAGCGAUUGAAGGAGAGCAGGUUGCUGCUGGGUGGCCUUCCUGGUUAGCUGCAGUAUCUGGGGAAGCAAUAAAGGGGUGGCUUCCUAGACGGGCUGAUUCUUUCGAGAAGCUGGAUAAGAUUGGACAAGGAACCUAUAGCAAUGUUUACAGGGCACGUGACCUUGAUCAGAAAAAGAUUGUUGCUUUAAAGAAAGUGAGGUUUGAUAAUCUUGAACCGGAUAGUGUUCGCUUUAUGGCAAGGGAGAUCCACAUUUUGCGUAGGCUUGACCAUCCUAAUGUUAUAAAGCUAGAAGGCUUAGUUACCUCAAGGAUGUCUUGUAGCUUGUAUCUUGUCUUUGAAUACAUGGAGCAUGACUUGGCUGGUCUCGCCUCACAUCCAGGUCUUAAGUUUACUGAAGCACAGGUGAAAUGUUACACGCAACAACUCCUACGAGGUCUUGAUCAUUGUCACAGUCGUGGUGUAUUACACCGAGAUAUAAAAGGUUCCAAUCUAUUAAUUGACAAUAAUGGUAUCCUGAAAAUUGCCGACUUUGGUCUAGCAAGCAUUUACGAUCCCAGUCAUAUUCAGCCGUUGACAAGCCGGGUUGUGACCCUUUGGUAUCGUCCACCGGAGCUUCUACUUGGAGCGACAUACUACGGAACUGCUGUGGACUUAUGGAGUACUGGUUGCAUACUUGCUGAAUUAUAUGCUGGCAAGCCUAUUAUGCCUGGUAGAACCGAGGUGGAGCAGCUGCAUAAAAUUUUCAAACUUUGUGGUUCUCCUUCUGAGGAUUACUGGAAAAAGUCAAAGUUGCCUCAUGCUACUAUAUUUAAGCCUCAGCAACCUUAUAGACGCUGUGUAGCUGAUACAUUUAAGGAGUUCCCUGUGCCCGCUUUAGCACUCAUGGAGACCUUGCUUUCCAUUGAUCCUGCGGAUCGGGGAACUGCAGCUUUUGCUUUGAGGAGUGAGUUCUUUACGACAAAGCCACUUCCUUGUGAUCCUUCAAGCUUGCCAAAAUAUCCCCCGAGCAAGGAGUUUGAUGCAAAAAUGCGAGACGAAGAAGCUAGAAGGUUAGGAUUAUCAAAUCUAAACACACACAUUUGCUGGUUUUAGGAUUCUUCGUUUUCUGGAUUAUGUAAUGUUAUCAUGGUACAUAUUUUACUGCAUGAUUUUUGGCAGACAAGGUGCAGUAGCAAGCAAGGGCCACCGACAUGACACUGAACGAAGAGGAACAAGAGAAUCUCGAGCAGUGCCAGCACCUGAUGCUAAUGCGGAGUUGGCUGUAUCUAUCCAGAAAAGGCAAUGUCAGCCAAACUCUAAAAGCCGCAGUGAGAAAUUCAAUCCUCAUCCAGAAGAAGUCGCUUCUGGGUUUCCAUUCGAACCACCUAGACCAUCCCAAGUCAUCGAAUCAAGUGGAGAGCCCCCACACCAACAGCAGCAUAGGCGAGGUUCUCAUUCUGGCCCACUUGCUCAGCGUGUUGCUUGGUCCAAAGCGGGUACUAGGAAUCCCUAUGAAGCUCCUAAGGUUUCUAGUGGGGCUGCUGACUUGUCAACAAUGCCUGCUGGGUUAGUAGCUGCAAGGAGAAGCUUGUUGACUGAGGACCGAAGGGAAAGAUCGGUUCAACCACAAUCUGAAGUCCCGAAACUAAUAGCACGGUUUCCUGGAUCUUUCAAGGAAUCCUCGGAGUCCUUCGGCCAACAAGAUCAGAAGCAUCACCAUUUGCAGGGUUUCACUACAAGUGCCCAUCAGAGGGAGGAUGGAAGGGCUGGCUGCGGCAAUCCUGUCCUUGUUGGGCAUGGGUCAAAGGGUCCCAAAAUCCACUACUCUGGUCCACUGGUUCCGACUGGGAACAUGGAUGAAGUACUGAAGGACCAUGACCGCCAUAUCCAGGAAGCCGUGAGACGAGCACGGAUUGACAAGGUAAAGAUAAGGAAAAUUCAGGUGGAUGGCAGUCAAAUAUCAACCAAUUCAUUAUUCGUUUCUGGUCGUUAAAAAGUUGUAUAAGGAGCUUAGAAAGCAUAGCUAGCUAGACGACCAUUUUAACCAAGUGGGUUAAUUUAAUUUUUGAUUAACUCAUUGAUAAAUUCUCAUCUCUCUUCCUCUCUGAUGGCAAAUGUAUCUAUUGUAUUUACUUAACACUCUCUUCUCUGUCUCACUUAAAUAUGUAAUGUAUAUGUUCAUGAGCUAUUCUUGUAGAGUCCAUCGUCGUUGAUACUUGUGGAUUCCUGAAUGGAAAAUUGAUGAUGCUUCCUGGGCUAGUUUGAAUUUUGUACGUUUAAUGUCGCCAGAAUCAGUUGACGUAGUUCAGAUGAUUGAGAUUUGCUG